ACUUUCAUGACGUCUUUGACCAGGGAGACAAACAGCGCAGAGUCUUUCUCUGAACGUUCAGCAAGGGUGUCACCAGCUGACUCAGUGAAGUUGUGCACGACAACUUUUCCCUUCACUCUUAUAAGCAGCGGAAUUCCUUCAUAUGGAAGUUAUUAUUCGUUCUUCAUUUAUAGUGCACCUGUGACAAUAGCUAAUUUCUAAACAAAACAGCUGCUGGUCUUCUGAGUUACACUUUGGUUACGGAAGUGUCAGUUUCGAUAAUUGCUGACUGCUUGGAGGAAAACCAGAAAAGGUAUCUGACGCCAUGCCAGUGACUCAGUUCAAGAACUGUCGGAUCCUGCGGGACCACGAGCUGGUCAGAGAGGACCUCUGGGUGGAGAAUGGCCACAUCAUCAACCCAGAGGAGCUGUUCUACGUGCAGAAGAGACCUCCGGCGUUCCAAGUCGACUGCCGGGGAUCUAUCGUCGCUCCCGGCUUCAUCGAUGUCCAGAUCAACGGCGGAUUCGGCUACGACUUCUCGUUUGACGAGGACAAGACCGAGGAGGCGGUGUCGGUGGUGGCGCGGGGCCUGCUGGCGCACGGCGUGACGUCAUUCCUGCCAACAGUCAUCACCUCCACACCGGAGACCUACCGCAAGGUCCUGCCCCGCCUGAACAAGCGGCCCGGCGGCGAGGAUGGCGCCGGGGUUCUCGGCGCGCACCUAGAGGGUCCGUUCAUCAGCAGAGAGAAGAAGGGCGCCCACCCGGUGCAGCACAUCAGGCCGCUGGAGAAGGGCUUUGAGACGGUGAAGGAGGUGUACGGCUGUUUGGACAACGUCGCCAUGGUGACGCUGGCGCCCGAGCUGGAGAACGCCUGUGACGCCGUCGAGGGGCUCACCGAGAGAGGCAUCGUCGUCUCCACUGGUCACUCGGCUGGCUCCAUCAUGGACGGCGAGCGCGCCUUCAAGAGCGGCGCCCGGUUCAUGACGCACCUGUUUAACGCCAUGACCAAGUUCCACCACCGCGACCCGGGUAUCAUCGGCAUGCUGACGUCGAAGAGGCUGCCGCUGCACGAGCUCUACUACGGUAUCAUCUCGGACGGCAUCCACACGCACCCGGCCGCGCUGCGGAUCGCCUACAAGACGCACCCGAACGGUCUGUGUCUGGUGACGGACGCCGUGGCGCCGAUGGGUCUCGGCUCGGGCCGCCACCAUAUCGGCGACAUGGACGUGGUCAUUGAGGGCGAACGGGCGCUCAUCGAGGGCACGGACACCCUCUGCGGCUCCAUCGUCACCAUGGACGGCUGCAUACGACACUUCAUGCACUCGGCCAGGUGUACCACGGUGGAGGCUCUGGAGGCGGCCUCUCUGCACCCUGCCACCGCGCUGGGCAUCACAGCUCAGAAGGGCACCCUCGAGUAUGGCUCUGACGCCGACUUUGUGAUGCUCUCGGACGACGUGUUUGUGCGCGCCACCUACAUCGCCGGCCGGCAGGUGUUCGCCGCGCCCGGACAGGCGUUCGUACACGAGCCCGUGCAGUAGGGCGGCGAGGUGAUGAGAGGUGGGGCGAAGGGAGGUGGGGUGGCGUUGGUCAGAUAUUUACAACACAUGACUCAGUGGUGGGACGGCAGAUGAACUGCAGGUGUAAUUAGAGACCCGAGCGGUGGCGGAAAGUAUAAGCCAAAGUAAAGCGACGAGAGUGAGACAUUAUACUGAGCCGAUAUCGCCACUGGAGGGGGGCUAAACUUGGGCCAAUGACUGAAAUCUGGAGCAAAGGGACCAUUGUAUUGCUGAUGAUUAGGCGCUGCGCGAGAUAUAGCCGAAUUCCCGAGUGUCACAGAAAUGUUACAAAGAUCCAUCGUCCAAACGAUCAAACUCAGUCAUCGUGACGCCGAGACAAAGUUUGCUUUAACACGGAGUCUGAAUUGAUUCACUAUAGGACUCCACUGUGGACUACCGUGCAAAAGUGAUGAGAUGGUGGCUGUCGGUGGUGCUGAUAGGGCUGUUCACGGGCCCUGUGUGCGGUCGGACCGUACACAGGCGCCAAGCUGCGCCCACUGCGUCUCUACGUCAUCUUCCGUCGCCGCACACAGCGACCCAUCCCCUACCACCACACCUGCUGCACACACCGCAGUCAGCAGUUUGCGGUGCCCGUGAACAGCCCUCAUGUCACCAGUUGUCACUGACCGUUCGAUGCUCAGUGAAACAUUGCCGGCUUCAUAACAAAUUAUGGUCGGGAGUUAAAAGAGGUGCGGUUUGGGUGGGCUUUGGACCGAAGAUAUCGGAGUGCUGCACAUCAGUUAGUCUUGAUCAAUCAGAUCUUAUUUGUUGUGGUAUCCUCAUUAAUUAUGGCGUAGUCAAUGGUUGUCUUUCUUCCUCUGAACCUGAGUUCGUUGACGUUUGGUGCUUGGGCUGUUUGCAAAAGGUUGGUUGUGGGGCAGAAUAUUUGGUUGUGGAAUUCAGGGGAUCAGAUAGUAACCUUAGCUGCUCUGAGUCGCAUAUGCGUGCUAUGAUAAAAAUGACAAACAGGGAGCGUACCGUAGUAAAAAGGGACGUCGUAGCAUGAAUGCUUUUGAUUACUCAUUGAACAAAAAAUUGUUCGCUAUGUGAAGCGUCGUGUGAACGAUUUUCAGAGCCAGCGCCUAUCGUCAGCCUUCCGUGCCAUGAUGGUUGUCAUAGUAGCGUCUCCGAUGAUAUCUUCCCUGUUAUGUGUGCACUUUAAUUGUGGGUUUAUGUAUUGCUUUCACUAUUACUCUAAUGCAGUUCUGUGAUGAUUUGUUUCAAUGGUGCUAUUCCUGUGGUGGCUGGUUAACUAUUAUGAUUAAUAUUUAUAUCCAAGCGUUUGGUAUGUGCCAUUCGGAAUCAGUCCCAGACUUCAGUUAUGUCUGCCGUUUGAUCAAGUGUGCCAAAUGUUGCGCGCUACAAAACCUAGCUUUCUUUGCCAAUCGACCUAGUCAACCGUUAUUACUCCGACUUUGGUUCCCAGAACCGCGUUUGUUCCAUAUGAGCUGUUAACGGUAAACAGUUCAUAAGACACCAGAACAAAGUCAGGAUUUCAGGUAAUUGUGAAAAGUCAUGAGAGAUACUGUGAAUUGUGAUGCGUGCAGUUCUCGCACUAUACCCGGUAUAAGAUAUUGCCUCGCUUCUGAAACGACCAGUGUGAAUAUGCUCAAGUAUGGCCCAAUUCUGUAUCAUGGUGUGCGGUGUCUGUAGCAAUAAUUGCCGGACAAGAUGAACGCCUCUUUAGCCAGAUAUCGAACACUGCUUCACUAAUGCCAUCAACCGCGUGCGCGUGACCACGCUUGUCCGAACUGAUAUUGGAGAGCCGUAAAACGUGCAAUCCACAGAGCGCUUCGUACGUACUUGCGGUGCUUCUUUCAGCAUGUGAUGAUUGUCGCGACAAGUUUGCGAUGGUGACUGGCGUGUACUAUCAGAUAUGGGCGAACAAUAAAACUAUGUAGCACUUCUGUUA